UGUGUCUCUUUUGUUAUAUUUCUCUUUUUUUGUCGGAGACAUCUGAUUAUUUCGAUCCUAACAAUUCUUGUGCGCAUUUCCUCCAUGGACGUGAUAUGGAAAAAGUUCAUAAAUCUCCUCAUUGUUGGAUAUUUUGUUUUGUGUAGAAUAUCAUAAACAAGGAAAACAAUCAGUUGGAAGCUCUCCCAUAGUUGAUAGAGAAAAUUCAAUGUCCACGGCCUUUUCUUUCCGGCAUUUUCACUUGAACUUGUUGAUGCUCCUACUUUUCUGCAGCAAUGGUCUCUCCGCAAAUGAUGAUGAUGUUGAAGGUCAUGCUUUGAUUGAUUUGCUGAGGGCUCUGAAUGAUUCCAACAAUAGAAUCACAGAUUGGAACAUUCAUUUAGUGUCUCCCUGUUUCAGUUGGUCUCAUGUUACAUGCAGAAAUGGAAAUGUCAUAUCCUUGAGCCUAGCUUCUAACGGAUUCUCAGGAACUCUGUCACCGUCGAUAACCAAAUUGAAAUUUUUGGUUAGCUUGGAUUUACAGGAUAAUGAUCUAUCUGGUGUCUUACCUGAUUACCUUAGCAGCGUGUCAAGUCUACAAAACUUGAAUUUGGCAAACAAUAGGUUUUAUGGCUCUAUUCCAGCAGCUUGGGGUCAGCUCCACAAUCUUAAGCAUUUGGUCAUGAGAGGAAAUCAUGUAACUGGAACUGUGCCAAAUUCACUUGUAAAUAUCACAGGCUUGAAGGAACUGGACCUGUCCUCCAAUGAUCUGACCGGAGGUAUCCCACCGCAGUUGUUUUCAAUACCAACAUACAAUUUUUCAGGAACUCAUCUUGCUUGUGGCAAUGGCAUUCAGCAGCCCUGUAUUUCUACUUCCUCCGUCCCAGCAGUUUCCACCAGAAGACCAAAACUCGAGGUUGCUAUUACUGGUGCAAGCUGUGGUGCAUUCCUUCUUCUCUUAGUUGGGGCUAUCAUCACAUACCGAUGCAAUCAUAGGCAUAAACAUGAUCAAUUUUUUGAUGUGGAAGGUGAAGUUGAGCGCAACAUUUCCUUAGGCCAACUCAGAAGGUUCUCAUGGCGCGAGAUACAGAUUGCAACCGACAAUUUCAGUGAAAGCAACAUUAUCGGACAUGGAGGAUUUGGUAAGGUGUACAAGGGCUAUCUUUUAGAUAGCACAAAAGUGGCCGUGAAAAGACUCACGGAUUACCACAAUCCUGGUGGAGAAGCUGCAUUUUUGAGGGAAGUGCAGUUGAUAAGUGUUGCAGUUCAUCGGAACCUUCUACAUUUGAUUGGGUUCUGUACAACCUCUUCUGAGCGAAUUCUUGUUUAUCCAUUUAUGCAGAAUCUUAGUCUUGCAUAUCGUUUAAGAGAUUUAAAACCGGGAGAAAAAGCCCUGGAUUGGCCAACGAGGAGACGCAUAGCUUUUGGAGCAGCCCAUGGUCUAGAGUACCUACAUGAGCAUUGUGAUCCUAAGAUUAUUCAUCGAGAUCUAAAGGCAGCAAACAUCCUCCUAGAUGAUAACUUUGAACCUGUUCUUGGAGAUUUUGGACUAGCAAAAUUAGUUGAUACAAAGCUGACUCAUAUUACUACUCAAGUUCGUGGAACAAUGGGCCACAUUGCCCCAGAAUACUUGUCUACUGGAAAAUCAUCUGAGAAAACAGAUGUGUUUGGAUAUGGUAUUACCCUUUUAGAACUUGUAACGGGGCAACGUGCAAUUGACUUUUCACGCCUUGAAGAAGAGGAAGAUGUCUUACUACUGGAUCAUAUCAAGAAAUUACUAAGAGAAAAAAGGCUUGGUGACAUUGUGGAAGGAAACAUGAAAAUCUAUGAUCCCAAAGAAGUUGAGACAAUCCUUCAAGUUGCAUUGCUUUGCACCCAAAGUUCACCCGAGGAGCGUCCUAAAAUGGCACAAGUGAUCACUAUGCUUCAGGGUGUGGGUUUAGCCGAAAGAUGGGCAGAGUGGGAACAGCUUGAGGAAGUCAGAAAUCAACAAUUCUCCCUCAUGUCGCGCCAAUUUAUGUGGGCUGAAGACUCAACACAUGAUCAAGAAGCUAUACAAUUGUCUCAAGCAAGAUAGAAAACAUAGCUGUAUAACUUUUCCAAUAAUGCAGCCUAGGUAUGUCUCAUCUAAGAGUAGUUUUAUCAUACGCUUAUACUAACUCCUAUUCCUUUUUUAUGAGGUAUAUAUAUAGAUCUUUUGUGUACUUCUUGAUUAUAUAACAAUACAUUGUAAAGUGUUGUAUCGAAAUACCUGCAUUACCUCUACCUGAAAGGAGAAGGAAUGUUGGCAUUCAAGUGUCUAUUAUUGAAUUCACUCGACCCUGACUCGUUAUA